AUGGAGCUCGGGGUCACGGGGAAGGAGCCGUGCAGAGAGGCGAUGCUCGGCGGCCGGGCCGGCGUCAAGGAGAAGAUUUUCACUGCUUUUGGUAAGGACACUUCUGCUGCUUGUGUUGAAGAUUCUGAUGAUUCAGAUGGGGAUCCCUUUGUCCCCAAUGAUUUUGCUGAGGAUGAUCCUUUUCAAGCUUCAAAGGAAGGUCAAAUGGUUGAUCCUGAUUUAGAGAAAGCUUUGUAUGAGUUCUACAUGUCUCAUGUUGUUCUCCACUUUAUCCAAUUUAGGCUCUCGGGUUCAGCUAUCGAGUAUGAUAGGAGUAGAAGGAAGGCGAGCAUUACUAGUAGCAGCAGCAUUCCAGCCGUCACCUUGGGCGAGAUCCGUGUUGCCCAGUGUGCGGACGGGCUAGCGGCAAUGCUGGCCAUCGGCACGGAGAACCCGUCCCACUGCCUGCCACAGGGCAACUACCCCGAUUACUACUUCCGCGUCACCAACAGCGACCAACUCAUUGACCUCAAGCAAACCUUCGCCAAGCUAUGCGGGAUGACGGGCAUCAGCAUGUGUUUCUUCCAGCACAUCGACGAACUACGCGCCACGCACCCGGACUUGUCCCUCAACGCCACCCUGGAAGUCAUGGCUACCGCCCCAGAGCUCGCCGCGUCAGCUGCGAUGAACACCAUCGCCGAGUGGGGCUGUACAGCGGGCGACAUCACCCAUCUCGUCGUCAGCACCAAUGCGGGAUCGCAUGCCCUGGGCACCGACGUCCGCUUGGUCUCCCUUGGCCUCUGCCACGACGUCCUGCGCAACUGA